GGAGAGCGGAGAGCUGGAGGAGCCGCCGCGGCCGCCACGGAGGGAGCCCCAGGACAGCAGCUCCCCGGGCGUAGGGCGAGCUCUUCUCCAAGUCCGACCUGGGGAGAUUCGUCCUCCGUGAGCUCCAACCGGACAGCCUGGGACCUAUCGCCCCGGCGGGCGAGGCGAGGCUGCAGCCGGAGGGCUGACGAGGGGCCGCGCUUACGGGGUUCAGAGGCGGCCCGGCGGAGGCGAAAGCGCAGGUUAGAGGGACAAAGAACUUUGCAAACGCCCCCUGCACCCUGCGAGGGAGAGCGACCGUGACGAGGUAGCCGGGACCUCGGGGAGAGCCCUUGGAUGUUCUGCGCGCGGGCGGAAAGCCGCCGCCGCCGCCGCCUCAGCGAGAGGAGGAAUGCACCGGCCGCGCCGCCGCGGGGCGCUCCCGCCGCUCCCGGUGCUGCUGGCCGCGCUGCUGCUGGCCGUGCGCGGAGCUGCCCAAGAAACUGAGUUGUCAGUCACUGCUGAGUUAGUGCCUACCUCAUCAUGGAACAUUUCAAGUGAAGUCGACAAAGAUUCUUACCUGACCCUCGAUGAACCAAUGAAUAACAUCACCACGUCACUGGGGCAGACAGCAGAACUGCACUGCAAAGUCUCUGGGAAUCCGCCCCCCACCAUCCGCUGGUUCAAAAAUGAUGCUCCUGUGGUCCAGGAGCCACGGAGGAUCUCCUUCCGGGCAACCAACUAUGGCUCUCGGCUGCGGAUUAGAAACCUGGAUACUACAGACACCGGCUACUUCCAGUGCGUGGCGACAAACGGCAAAAAGAUGGUUACUACCACCGGAGUCUUAUUUGUCAAGUUUGGCCCCCCACCCACUGCAAGUCCUGGAUCCUCAGAUGAGUAUGAAGAAGAUGGGUUCUGUCAGCCAUACAGAGGUAUUGCAUGUGCAAGAUUUAUUGGCAACCGCACUGUCUAUAUGGAGUCUUUGCACAUGCAAGGGGAAAUAGAAAAUCAGAUCACAGCUGCCUUCACCAUGAUUGGCACCUCCAGCCACUUAUCUGAUAAGUGUUCUCAGUUUGCCAUUCCUUCCCUGUGCCACUAUGCCUUCCCUUACUGUGACGAAACCUCAUCUGCCCCAAAGCCCCGUGACUUGUGUCGCGAUGAAUGUGAAAUCCUGGAAAAUGUCCUGUGUCAAACCGAGUACAUUUUUGCAAGAUCAAAUCCCAUGAUUCUGAUGAGGUUGAAACUGCCAAACUGUGAAGAUCUUCCCCAGCCAGAGAGCCCAGAAGCUGCGAAUUGUAUCCGGAUUGGAAUUCCCAUGGCGGAUCCUAUAAAUAAAAAUCACAAGUGUUAUAACAGCACAGGUGUGGACUACCGGGGGACUGUCAGUGUGACCAAAUCAGGGCGGCAGUGCCAGCCAUGGAAUUCUCAGUACCCCCACACACACACGUUCACCGCCCUCCGUUUCCCCGAGCUGAAUGGAGGGCAUUCCUAUUGCCGCAACCCAGGGAAUCAGAAGGAGGCUCCCUGGUGCUUUACCUUGGAUGAAAAUUUUAAGUCUGACCUCUGUGACAUCCCAGCAUGUGAUUCAAAGGAUUCCAAGGAGAAGAAUAAAAUGGAAAUUCUGUACAUACUGGUGCCAAGUGUUGCUAUUCCUUUAGCCAUUGCUUUACUCUUCUUCUUCAUUUGUGUCUGCCGCAAUAACCAGAAGUCAUCAUCACCGCCAGUCCAGAGGCAACCGAAACACGUCAGAGGUCAAAAUGUAGAGAUGUCAAUGCUGAAUGCAUAUAAGCCCAAGAGCAAGGCUAAAGAACUGCCUCUUUCUGCUGUACGUUUUAUGGAAGAAUUGGGUGAAUGUGCCUUUGGAAAAAUCUAUAAGGGCCACCUCUAUCUCCCAGGCAUGGACCAUGCUCAGCUGGUUGCUAUCAAGACCUUGAAAGACUAUAACAACCCUCAGCAAUGGACAGAAUUUCAACAAGAAGCCUCCCUUAUGGCCGAACUACACCAUCCCAAUAUUGUCUGCCUUCUAGGUGCUGUCACUCAGGAACAACCUGUGUGUAUGCUUUUUGAGUAUAUGAAUCAGGGGGAUCUCCACGAGUUCCUCAUCAUGCGAUCCCCACAUUCCGAUGUUGGCUGCAGCAGUGACGAAGAUGGGACUGUAAAAUCCAGCCUGGAUCAUGGCGAUUUUCUGCACAUUGCAAUUCAGAUUGCAGCUGGCAUGGAAUACCUGUCUAGUCACUUCUUUGUCCAUAAGGACCUUGCAGCUCGCAAUAUUUUAAUUGGAGAGCAACUUCAUGUAAAGAUUUCAGACCUUGGGCUUUCCAGAGAAAUAUACUCAGCUGAUUACUACAGGGUACAGAGUAAAUCUUUGCUGCCCAUUCGCUGGAUGCCCCCUGAAGCCAUCAUGUAUGGCAAAUUCUCUUCCGAUUCAGAUAUCUGGUCUUUUGGGGUUGUCUUGUGGGAGAUUUUCAGUUUUGGACUCCAGCCAUAUUAUGGAUUUAGCAACCAGGAAGUGAUCGAGAUGGUGAGAAAACGACAGCUGUUACCAUGCUCUGAAGAUUGCCCUCCCAGAAUGUACAGCCUAAUGACAGAGUGCUGGAAUGAGAUUCCUUCCAGGAGACCAAGAUUUAAAGAUAUUCAUGUCCGGCUUCGGUCCUGGGAGGGACUCUCAAGUCACACCAGCUCUACUACUCCUUCGGGCGGAAAUGCCACCACGCAGACAACUUCCCUUAGCGCCAGCCCAGUGAGUAAUCUCAGUAACCCCAGAUACCCCAAUUACAUGUUCCCAAGCCAGGGUAUUACACCACAGGGCCAGAUCACUGGAUUCAUUGGCCCACCAAUACCUCAGAACCAGCGAUUCAUCCCCAUUAAUGGAUACCCAAUACCUCCUGGAUACGCAGCCUUUCCAGCUGCCCACUAUCAGCCAACAGCUCCUCCCAGAGUGAUCCAGCACUGCCCUCCCCCCAAGAGUCGGUCCCCGAGCAGUGCCAGUGGGUCAACUAGCACCGGCCAUGUGACCAGUCUGCCCUCAUCAGGGUCCAAUCAGGAAGCAAAUAUUCCUUUACUACCACACAUGUCUAUUCCAAAUCAUCCCGGCGGAAUGGGUAUAACCGUUUUUAGCAACAAAUCUCAAAAACCCUACAAAAUAGACUCAAAGCAGCCAUCUUUGCUAGGAGACUCCAAUAUUCAUGGACACACCGAAUCUAUUAUUUCCGCAGAACUGUAAAAUGCAAGACUUUUGUAAAUGUGGUACACCAAACAAGAAAGCCAUAGAAAAUAUUUCCAUUCAAAUAAUUUUUAUUAAAGGAAGGUUCUUGUUCAGCAGACAUUGCAACAAGAAUCUUCUGUGAAGUUUAACUGUGUCUUAGCAAGAUGGACAAUGGACAGAAAAAAAACACUGUGGGAUUUAUAUAGCAUCAGGGUGCAAGACAUGGCAUUGGGACUGGUACAUGUGGUUUCAAGUACUACAAACUGCAAACCAAUGAAGAGGAAAAGAACCUUGUGAUUAAAUAUCAAACCAAAAAAGAAAAUCAAAUGGUGCUUUGUGUAUUUGCCUUCAGUCACAAGACUCGUCUCUCUCCAAAAUGUAUAUACCAUAGCAUUUGUCUGCCUGCUGUCUUUUCUUCAGGACAGAUGUUCAGGAAUUAUGUUAUAGAUUCAAUCUAGAUUCUAUGCAUGUUUGUAUGGAAGUGAUGUUAAGAAUAAAUGAGGAAACCUUAGGCCACAUUUGAAAUCCUGAUGGAAAUGAGCCAUAAGACAAGUGUACAGAUACCCUGAAGCCUCUAUCACAGUUGGGGCUUCUUUGGGAAGGUGUGGAGUGUGCUUCUUCGUGAAGGCCUUUUCCACAUUUUUCUUUUUCACAGUGUGCUUUCCCAAGCCCUUGAAAUAGCAGGGCACUGGACCCUAAGAAGGCUAGACGUGGGUGCUGGAAUUGAUUGUUGGUUGAUUAGUUCACUUCGCUGCAUUAGAAACAUGGCACCAAAGGAAGCACAGUCAGGAAGGUGGCCCCUCCACCUAGAUCAGCACCCAUGGGAGAAGAAAAAGGGUUCCCAGGAAGACAACCCUGGGAACUUCCCUGGACCAAUAACACUGAAAAGUAGAGGUGUAUCUGUAGAGGGGCAUACCCACACCUUGCAACCCAUUUAGGAGUUGUCCAAAGUGGAGGGGUCUUACCGUUAAUGGACACUGGGAAAGUGGGAAAUCCUAUGAUAUCAAUUUCUAGUUAAUUUUAAAUUCCUCUCACUUUUUUUUUCUGUGUUGAAAUGUUCACAGAUUUCAGUCCAGCCCCAAGAAUUAUAACAAUUUAUUCAUAGAGUAAGUUGGAAUCCAAAGACUACAAAUUCCAUUUUGCAAAAUAUUACAAUAUUUUUAAUAAACAAGUACUGAAUUCUCACUUCAAAGAUUACCAAGAACUGAGUUAAGCUAGAAGCAACAUGAUUAUUUUUACCUUAGUUAGAAGGAGGCAUCAAAUGUAUAUAUCUCAUGACAUUUACCUGCCAGACACCUUUGCCAUCUUUGGGUUUCAAGUUCUAUAUAAAAAGGCAUUUUAUAUUUGGUUUUUCUCAUGUUAAAAAAAAACAAAAAAAACUCCUUUAUUCCAAGAACAACAUCUCAAAGUCUCAUUUUUAUUUUACAGUUAAAAGAGAUGUAUAAAGAGAUUUAUAGGAUGUGAAGCAGUUCCUAGAAAAUGAUAUUUGAUUAGGAGACUGUAAGAGAAUUACCCUGAUGUUUCAAUUUUUUUAAUUGCAAUUAGGAUUAAAAAUCAAGGAAAUGUGUUUACCAAAAUGUAUUGCAAUUUUCAGAAGCACCGAGUCUUCACACUACAAAGACUUAUAGGUACUGUGAAUUGGCUAUAUUCAGAUUUACUGGGAGAUAAAUAAAACAUGUUUUUGUGGCAUAAAUGAGCUGAAUCAGAAGUUACAUUUCUUAACUUUAGGUAGAGGAGAAUAUAUGUAUCCUUUUGUUGCUAUGCAACUAUUUAAUGAUGAAGCUUCAAACCACAAUUUUGUAUAUCAUAUGACAAUCAAUUUUUUUCUGAGAAUAUUUAUUAUUUUUAAGUAAACACAAUUUCAGUGAAUCGAGUUUUUCUAGGAGUCCCUUAAAGGGAAAUUAGCAUUCCAUGAGCCAUUAAAAUACCUACUCUGAAAAAUGAUUAUCAAGGUUAAAUAAAUAAAUUCAAGUUAGUUUAUAAAGAACAAUGACAUUUAUUUUAAACAUUUUAUAAUUACUGAAAUCAUUAAUUAAAUUUCAACCACUUGUAAUAAUGUAUUUUAUAAUAGCACUGUGAUACUAAAUAAC